AUGUAAGUUGAAAAUAAUUCGGAAGAAUAAAAUAAGAAAAAAUAAAAUGAAGAAGAAACAAAAGAAAUUGUGACAAUGAAAAGAAGAUUAAUAGCGUCUUUUGAUUUUUUCAAAUUCAUGCCUGUUCCUAAGUCUGAAAUGAUAUCAUCUAGAAGAAGUUUAUAUGGAAGUCUUUUGAUGAUAGGUUGUUUUGUAGCAUAUUUUAUUUAUACACUUGUUGGUAUCAAUUAAGUUUGAGCUUUAAGCAUUUAUUACAAAUAAUAGUCCUACAGUAAAUUAAUACGAAGAAAUAUUGGACACCCUAAAUGUAACAUUACCAGAUAUAGCUUUUGGAUACUUUUUUGGAGAUCCGUAUAAAUUUAUAUAGAAUCAUAUUUUAGAUUUUCAAAAACCAUAAAUGAUCCAUCAAUCUUCUAUUUUGAAAUGUUUUAAGUUUCUAAAUUUCAAGAUGUCUCAAAAAAAGAUGUAAGAACACAAAUACCGUUACAAACUUGUAAUCCUGAUUGGGUUCCUGCAUCUAACUACACAAUCUUAUGUCCAAGGUAAUUUUCAUUUAUAUGUACAUAAGUGAGUCUGCAAAUAUGUCAGGAGCUCUAUAUCAAACUCCUAUAUUUACAUAUCCAAGAAUUUAAGUAACAUACUGCAUAGAAGGAGGUAAUCAGACUUGUUUGAGUUAAUAAGAAAUUGCAUAAAUUGCUGCUGGGUAUACAUUCUUGAUCUAUUUUAAAAAGAGGAAGAAUUUUAUUAUACGUUCGGGAUAAUUCACCAAACUUCGAUCUUACAACGGGAAAUGCUGUAGAAAGUGUCCCAUAUUCAACUUAUUAAUACUUUCUAAUGCCUGGCUUAUAUCCUAGAACUGAAAUAUUCUUUUAAUUAGAAAAAUAUACAAUAAAGCCUGAUUUCUUAAGAAGGUGGAAUGAUGAUAUUCGAAUCUUUUUAAGUACAGAAAAAAUCAACAGUUGGAUUACUAAUGUUAGUGUUUAUAGUUCUUACAAUGCAUAUUAAAUAGGAUUUCGUACAGAAUUGGUAUCUAAAUUAGAUUUAUUUUUAGACACAAUAAAUCUCUGUUUUAACUUAUAAAACAUCCUUUGAUAUGAUUUCAAUUAUUGGAGCCUUUUGGGGAGUAUUGUAUUUUCAUAAUUUUAUUUAGGUUCUCUGCAUUUGCUGCUUAUUUUUUAGUAUAUAAUCAAAACACAUUUUAUAGAGAGAAUAAAUAAUGGGAAGAUUUUGGAAAAUAAAUUGGUGUUAGAAAAGCUGCUGAUGUCUUUAAUCUAACUGAAGAAGCUCCUCAUUCUAAGGUGAAUGAUUCUAUUGUUUUUGAAAUGACAGAAAUUCAUCAAGAUAAUAACCAUUCUUAAAAUGAAUAGGAUGGAAUUUGA